CUACAAUGCCAUCUCGCAUCCAAUCUGGAGACUCCUGUAGCCUUGUGUUGCCGCCUACUCCUCCUCCUCCUCUUCACUCAGCCUCCCGUUGCUCUUCAUCAAUAGCGCAUCUCCAUCACUUACACCUUCUCCGGCUCAGAUCACACUUUUGGAGAGAGGGGAAGAAACACCCCGAAGAAGGACCACGAUCGGGGAUGUAGAGCCCGAGGGUGGUGGAACGGGAUGGAGUGCUCCUGGAAGACGGUGCUGCUGCUGGUGUGUGCUUCACUGGGGGUCCAGUACACAGCAAUUCGCACCCUGAGGGACACGCUGUCUGGACCCUGUCAGGGCGUCUAUCAUUGUCAGAGUCAACAUCACAGAGAAUCCAACUGGAGAACCUUGUGCGUUGAGAGCUGGACGUUCACGGAGGCACCCCGGAAGCACAUCCUGUUGUUUGCCACAACACGAAGCGGUUCCUCCUUCACGGGUCAGCUCCUCAACCACCACCCUGAGAUCUUUUACAUGUUUGAACCUCUCUACCACGUCCAGCAAGCCUUCACCAACUCCAGUGGUAGACUGCGUCGCAGUUUGGACCGCCGAGCCCUUCUGGGUGCGUACAGAGAUCUCCUUCUCAACCUGUACAACUGUGACCUUCACUUUAUGGAGAGUUACAUCCGCCCUGAGCCCCAGGACCAUGUCACAAAUUCCUUCUUUCGCAGAAGCUCUAGUCAUGCCCUUUGUUCUCCUCCGGUGUGCCUGGAUGGAGAGGAUGGAAUAGUACUUGAUCCUCCUGAAGAAACACGGUGUCCCAAAAAGUGUGGGGCACUUAAUCUCACUUUAGCUUCGGCAUCGUGUCUAUCAAGAGGCCACGUAGCCAUAAAGACUGUUCGGAUCCCUGAGGUGGGGGACCUGCGAACUUUAGCCGAAGAUCCACGCCUGGACCUAAAGAUCAUCCACCUGGUAAGGGACCCAAGAGCCAUUCUGGCCUCACGCAUGAUGGCUUUUUCUGAUCAGUUUCGCGCUUGGAAAAUAUGGAAUGCGACAGGACGGCAGCCCCGAUAUGUGGAUCUAUCGCAGAUCACAAGCACCUGCAAGGACAUGUUGGCAUCUGCAGAAACAGGCCUGCAGAAACCGUCUUGGCUGCAGGGACGCUAUCUUUUGGUGAGAUAUGAGGACCUGGCAUUUAACCCACAGCGCAAGGCCGCAGAGCUUUAUCAGUUUGUUGGACUAGAGAUGGAGGACAGGGUGCAAAUGUGGAUUACAAAGAACACCAACAGUAAUUUGUCUGCUCCAACAGAAUGGAAUUAUAGAUACUCCACCACCAGAGACUCCAGGGUGACAGCUGAGAGCUGGAGGCUUCGUCUCGGCUUUGACAUCGUCAGGACUGUGCAGAAUCUGUGCAACAAAACCUUGGCCCUGUUGGGAUAUAGACUUGUUCAUUCUGCAGCCCAACUUAGAAACUUGUCUCACAGUCUAGUGGAAACCAAGACCUUCCAACCCAGUAUUUCCCAGACAUAGUGUCGGGAGCCCAGAUUUUAUAAGGUUUCUGAUUGUCAGAGUAAAAUACUGUAAGCUAUUUUAUUGAUUUUGAUUCAAGAGCCACAAAUUUUGGGCAUUUUUGCUGUAAACUUUAUUGAUUUAUAUGUCCAUGUUUGUGUCCAGGGGUAGAAAUUAUAUUUGUAAUUGUCUGUUACUUAUUUAAACAUUCAUUUUUGACAGUUGAUUCAGUGCUUUACUUCUUAAAUAAAUAUAUAGGGUUUGGAUCAAACUAAGUGCAAUGUGCCCUCUUUAAUUAAUCUUGAUUGAAUAUGCAUUUAUUAGGGCUGUCAAAGUUAACAUGUUAAAUAGACAUUUUCUUUAACGGCACUGUUUUUUUUGACAUGCGAUUAACGUGCGCAUCUCCUGUUUGAUGCUCGGCCCACACUGUAGUUUGAGGACACGCAGUGGUGGAUGUAGAGCCACAAGGCGGAACAAAUAUUGAACAAAAAUGGACAAAGAAAAGGGAAUUUUUAAAUGGUAAGUUUAACUUCAAAGCCCUCUCGCAACAAGAUCAAAGUUUACUGUCGCUAUGAGUUGAGUUGUCACAAAGUACUGUACGUCAACUUGCCAGUGAGAGAAGCGAGAACGUACUGGGGCAAUGCCGGUAUUUUUUAUUGUCAUUUAUACAGUGGUACCGUGGCAUAUGAGUGUCCCAACUAACGAGUGUUUUUUUAGAUGCGAGCCAUUUUUUACUUUGAACUGCGUGCUAAAAUUUGGGUUAAGAGCUGCUAGUUACCCACAGGCAUAGCAGAGGACAGCUAUUUGGGGGCUUGUGUAAUGUGACCGUGACUAAAGACGAGAAUGGAUCUAAAUAGCAUUAGCAGCACUAGCAUAAGCAGAGUGCUAGCUAGUCACUGGAAAAGAUUUUCAACACAGUAAAACAAUAUAGCAGUCUAAUUUACCUCAUUUAUUAGGUAUUGUGUAAAACUAAGACAGGAACAACAUCAAAUUAAAAGCACUAAAUUAAUACAAAGCCACCAUCCACCAGUACGAAUCUGGAGUUUGUUUUUCCAGAGAGGUUCGCCGCACAAAUAUGCACAUUAGCACUCAAUGAGGUCAUCAAAUCUUACCUUUAUGCAUUCCCACACAGUAUCAGCAUUCAGGACCAAAUAUGAGGAGAAAGAAAAAGGGGAAAAAUACAGUAUAGUAGUCUAUCUGUGCAGCAUGUGAGAUAGUUCAAGAACUGUUGAACAAAGUGGGACAAGUUGCCGUUCGCAUUAAACAUGAAAAAUAAAAACAAAAUAAUAGCCUAUAUUUCCAACAUUUAUAUCCCUUUACAUAAAAUUUGAUGUAGUUAUUUACAAAUGAUUUUAUUCUUUUUUUUUAAGUGUUUUUUUUUUUUUAUCAUUGCGCCUGAAUGUUUCCCGUGGCCCAGUAGUUGGGGACCCCUGCCUUACAGCAUGCUUGGGAAUAUGAUGUGCUCUUUUACACAUUUCAAAAUACUGUAAGAAUGACAUGUUUAUAGAAUUGACUUCUUUAUUUAUUUAUAAUGUAAGAUUAAUAUCUACAUCAACAAAUGUAACCGUUGAAUUGUAUCGAAUCGAAUCGACACUGUAUCAAUUUCUUCUGUUUUUAAAUAUAUUGUUUUUGAAUCGUAUCUUACCCCGUGUAUCUAGCUGCCUUUAACAUUAACAGAUUUACAUCCCUACUUAUCAUUGAUAAAAACUUAUUUCGAUCUGCAAUUAAUUGCAAUUAAAUAUGAGUUAACUAUGGACAAAAUUGCGACUGAAUAUUUUAAUCGAUUGACAGCCCUAGUAUUUAUUUAUAUAUAUGAUGUUUGCAUAUGAAUGUAUAUGAAUGUCACACAUCUUACUGUAGAUGGACAGUUUUUGUGUAUUGGAUGUGCUGCGGGCAUUUACUGUCAUCCCUCGUUCAUUGUGAUUAAUUAGUUCCAGACCGGACCAUGCUAAUUUCCACAACGUAGGAUUUAAUAUUACUAAAUGGAAUAUUUCCGUUUGCGAUUGGCUGGCGACCAAUCCAGGGUGUACCCAGCCUCACGCCAGACGUCAGCUGGGAUAGGCUCCAGCAAUACACCCGCGACAGUAAUUAGGAUAAGCGGCAUAGAAAAUGGAUGCGUGGAUGGAAUAUUUACGUAGUUUUUACCUUUAUUAGAGCCCUGUAGACAUGAUAAGCAAUAAUAAGACAUAAUAACUCACACGUAGCUUGAACGUAAAGUGGGUCAAUCACAUGGCACAUGGCAUCAUCAUCCAUCCUCAUGAUGACAUUUGUCACUUGAUAGAUCAACAAACUAAUUAAUGGCUACUGAUGCACGACAGUACUGCUAUCUUUGUUUAGACCACAUUGAGCAACUCCUACGCACAGGCUAUGGGAUCUCUACAGGGACACAAGAGACUGCCACCGCUUUAAGUAAAGCAAGCUACCGAGCUACCUAGUUUAUUCUUAACCAGUUUUUUCUUAACUUAAAUUUGAAACUGAGUGGGGAAGUUCAAAGCAAGAAGCCAAAAACAUACCACUUCCACGUGCAAUGGGAGGACUCUGCACCCUUGUUUCACUCCAUGCAGUGCAAGUUAAGGCAAUGUAAUGUAAGGUAAUGUCUCAUCAAUGUCACAUUGCUGACACCUUGUGACCAGUACAGAAUACUAUAUGACUUGUCUUUCAAUAUUUUUUGACUAACAAGUCAUCGUCAACCAUUAAAACAGCGAUCGUUGAUUAAUCAAGUAAUUUUUGAAAAACCACGACAGAGCAAGGGAGUGAUGUUCAAACCGCAAUGUAGCGGGGGACGACUGCAUGUCAUUUUAACAUCUGACAUUUUUAUACUUUCAAACAAUAAAUAAUUCAUACAAAAGUAAGAUCCACCAAUGUUUUUCUUUCAUCCUUAAAGAUAACAUUAGAGUUAGUGUUCAGGUUUUAGUGCUAUGGGAUCAAGAAGAGUGCAAAUCUUUUAUCUUAUAAUUGCACAAUAAAUUGUAACUUCAUUCCAUUUAGUCUGUCCUUCACCGAAAGAGAACUUGACCCAGAAGAGCAAAUAUUGAACAACCUGUUUAAUUUGGAAUUAAAUUUAUAUCUAUAAAAAAUGAUCAGAUAAAUGAAGUCCCUGCUCUUUACAGAAGGGCAUAGCCAGAUUGCAGUGAGUGCCCCACCAUUUCCAUUUUUAGAAAUCGACCUUGGCAUCAUCUCUGGACACUAUUCUACUAUACUAUGUAGAACUUUGAAGACGUAUUUUCCGGGGUGAAGACUCAUUUUACGUGACUCAUAAUUUCAUCACUGAGUGUGAUUUUGUUUCGUUUCUUAUCAUCAUCUUUCUGUGGAGGUUGCAGUGGUAGCCCGCUGUGAGCGAUGAGUGUUCUGAGCAUUAAAGCUCAAUCCACCAAAUAAAUCCCCUCCCUAGUUCAGAAACAUCUAUGCAAUUUUAUUGAAAUGGUCAGCAGACAUCUUUGUGGGGACUACUACGAUAAAUCUGCAGUAAAAUUGUCUCUUCAAAAUGUGUUUUUAUCCUUUCCUUUUUAUCCUUCCUGCAGCUGCCCUUAUAAAUGCUGACACUGUUACUAUCUCCAGGUACAUCUCGGCUGGGGAGGGGGAAACAGGAUUUAGGAUGCAUGCUAAAAAGAAUAUAAUCUGCAGGGCUACACAAACUGCUCAUAAAGUAAACCUUGAGAUGUAUGUCAUCGUUUUCCCUCUAUUGCCUCGCUGUCACAGAAGCUGGAAGUGGACUGAGUCAGCUGUAAGCUAAUUACUCAUUUCUUUGCACUCAAUAAUAGCAGUUUCUCUCCAUCCCCUUGACUUUGCUGACAAAAUUUUAUCAAUACUGGUAAAAUUAUGAGGUGCGCCGGAGAAAAAACUGCACAAAAUCUAUACUUUCCUGGCAGUAAUACAAGUAGAUGACCUAGAUAAAUUGUUGAAAAUAGUUUUUUAUUCAUUCAUUCACUGGUUCAAAGAAGUAGUAUGGAAUGUCGUAAGAACUAGUUUUAAUAUAAUUACAACUGAAGGUGGGAUACACGGUGGCCUAGUGGUUAGUAUGUUACCCACACAGCAAAAGAUCUGGAAGAUCUGGGUUCAUAUCUCCAUCUGGGCAUCCUUGUUAGAGUUUGCAUGUUGUCCCUGUUUUCUCUGGGUACUCUGGCUUCCUCCCACAUUCCAAAAACAUGCAUGUUAGGUUAAUUAGAGACUCUAAAAAGGUGAAUGGUUGUUUGUCUUUAUGUGCCCUGUCCAGGGUGUACCCUGCCUCUGCCCAGUCAGCUGCGCUCCAGCAUACCCCCGCGACCCUUGAGGACAAGCAGCAUAGAAAAUGAAUGAAUGAAUAUACUGAAGGUUAGAUUUUUCCCCAGCUCCCUCGCCACUUUGCCAUUUGAAUUUUACGACUUCACUCUAUCACAGUUUUUUGAAAAUAUAUUAUUAAUAAAUCAUGUUAUGGGCUAUUAUUCGUCAUAAAUAUGCACAUUAAAGCAAAUUUACGCAUGUUUUGCGUAAAUGAAGCAUUUUAAAGCAUAUGGCUAAAUGUGGUAAAAUACAAAUAUAAGGCAUUCAAAGACGAAAAUAAUAUGUUCAUGUUUAAAGCAUAGAAAACCUGUUCAUAACUUUCUAAAUACAGUUUUUAACAUUAUUACAGCCCUCUAGACGUGAACAAACACCCAUAUAGUCACGUUUACAUUCCUAUUACCCAAUAUAGUAGACAUCAUAACAGAAGCAAGGCAUAUACUGUAAGACAUAAAUAAGACUU